UCAUCAUCAUGGAAAUGGGUUUUGCUAAGGUGUUUUUGUUGGGUUUUCUUGCAAUGGUGUCUGCUGUUGAUGGAUAUGGUGGUGGUUGGACUAAUGCACAUGCAACCUUCUAUGGUGGGAAUGAUGCUUCGGGGACGAUGGGUGGAGCUUGUGGUUAUGGAAACUUGUAUAGCCAGGGUUAUGGGACGAAUACUGCGGCUUUGAGCACUGCUCUGUUCAACAAUGGGCUGAGCUGUGGGUCCUGCUAUGAGAUUAAGUGUGUGAAUGACGGCAAGUGGUGCCUGCCGGGUUCCAUUCUUGUCACGGGCACCAAUUUCUGCCCGCCGAACAGUGCUCUGCCGAAUAAUGCAGGAGGCUGGUGCAACCCUCCCCUGCAUCACUUUGACCUUUCUCAGCCUGUUUUCCAACACAUUGCUCAAUACAGAGCUGGAAUUGUGCCUGUUGCUUACAGAAGGGUUGCAUGCAAAAGAAAGGGAGGAAUCAGGUUCACAAUCAAUGGCCACUCCUACUUCAACCUGGUCCUCAUCACCAACGUCGGCGGCGCCGGUGAUGUACACGCGGUGGCCAUCAAGGGCUCCAGGACCGGUUGGCAGCCCAUGUCUCGGAACUGGGGCCAGAACUGGCAAAGCAACAGCUACCUCAACGGCCAAAGCCUCUCAUUUAAGGUCACAACCAGUGAUGGCCGUACCGUGGUGUCCUACAAAGUUGCCCCUGCCGGUUGGUCCUUCGGGCAGACCUUCACUGGUGCCCAAUUCCGCUAGAUUAUCUUGAGCUUUUUAAUUAUUAAAUACCACAAAUAUACAAAGUAUUAACUAGCCGGACUUUUAGUAUACCUGGCUAGCAUACUCUAUAUCAUCUAUAGAGCCCUAUAAUGGGACUCUUGGGGGUCAGAAUUGUGAAAGGGCUUACUUUAAAAUAGCCCUUUUAUCAUUUUGGGUUUUUAGUUUUAUUGUGGGGUAGUUGUCCUAAUUAAAGUAAGAUACCCUUUUUUACAAGUAUUGUAAGGGUCAUUUUUCCUUGUGUUGGAGGAGGUGGACUUUUACCAUCCGCCACUUGUAUGAUUAACCUAUUAGGGCCGUUUUUCGCCCAUGGGAUGUUGAAAAACAGCAUCGUUUUGGCUUGUAAGAUCAAUUUGAUCUUAUAUAUGUAGGAGAGUAAUCUGUAAAAUUUGCAAUUACCACUGGUAAUGCUGAUUUACUAUUAUUA